AUGUACAUCAGCGACCUACGCAGCAUAGAGGACGGCGUGUCGUCGGACGGCUUCAGACUUCUCAUCGGAGACUUCGUCAACCAGCUGUUUCCGAACCGGGAGGCGGAAAUCACCGACGCCGUGGCCUUCAUCUACACCAACUGGGGCGAGGACACCAACAAGACCCGGCGCAGUGGCCUCUUGCGGAUGUUUACGGAACAACAGACGGGCGUGCCGGCCAUCCAGACGGCCAACCUGCACUCCACGGGCAACACCAGAUCAGGCACCUUCUUCUACACCUUCAACUACCGGCCCACCAGCAGUCCCACGCCGGAGUGGGUAGAGGCCGCGCACGGGGAGGAGAUUCCCUUCGUCUUCGGCGCCCCUCUCAUCUCAGACACGAUGUUUAAAAACAUGACCUUCACGAAACUGGAGUCCAUGUUGAGCACCGCCAUUAUGACCUACUGGACCAACUUUGCUAAAAACAGGGGUAAGCCUUUUGGAACAGGAAGUCCGAAUGAGCCCCGGAAGCAGGAGACGACGUUCCUCCACCUCAGACCGAACCGUUACGAGGACGUGCUGUGGAAGCCGUACAACAGCGAGAUCAUCGGCCAGGAGGGAGACAGCUACAUGUACUUCGGCAUGCGACCCAGAGUCCCCAGCGGGUAUCGUUCCCAGAGGGUAGCCUUCUGGAAGGAGCUCGUUCCCAAGCUGUUGAAGCCUCCUCAGGUGGUCGGGCACGGGAGUGCGUAUCCUACCCGCUCUCUGAACGAGUUGUGUGCAAGUUUGGACAUCGGGAGGGCCAUCUUAGUGGGUAACGGGGUCAUCCCGACUCGCGCUAUGGGUGAUCAAAGAAACAGUCCCGUUACCUGCUACCCCACAACCCAAGCGCCAACCUCGGACCCGUCUUUACAGAGACCCAAAGUCGGUUUUGACAUGUGGACUCCCAAGUGGUCCAGCGUGGACCGGCGGGACAGAAACCGCGGGUACUCCUCAGAACUGAGCGUGGUCAUCGCCGUGGGGACUUCUUUACUCUUCGUCAACGUCGUCGUCUUCGCUGUCUGCUACCACCGCAAGGAAAGGAAGUCUAAAGGCAAACCCGGCUCCCAUACUCAAGACAAGGUCAGGUUAAAAGUCUCGGACGUGCAGGAGAUGAUCAAGAUGAUGGAAUUUCAGGACGCUACCUCGUUAGAAGCGGACGGUAACAAUAAGACAGAGCUAGUGGACAGUACUACCAUAAAGUCUUCCCGCCUUGUCUAG